UAGAUUUAUGUAGAAAGAAAGUAUUUUUACUAUUUGAAAUUUUAUCUCGGACAAAGACAUUGGAAAUGUAAAUAUUGAAAAAAAACGCAGUAGAUUAAGUACAAGGGCCGUUCAAAAUAAUACGCGGACUCUGCUAUUAUUUACUCUAACAGACGCCAAAUAUAGUAAUGAAAUUUCGUAGAAACAUAAUUCUUGCAGAAUCACUAAAUUGUUGAUGAUAUUUUUUCGUAUCUUAAUUGAUUUCUCCUCAAACUAUUGCUGUUUUGAUAUUGUUGAUGUACGGAGCACGACAAAAAAAUUGAAAAAAGAAUGACAUUGUGCAGAAUCCAAAAUUUUACUCAUUUAUUUUCAAUUUGACGUAUGUUUGAUUAAGUAAUACAACGAAUUUUUGAACGUCCCUCAUAUAAUUCAAUGGUCUGACAAGUUGAAUCUGAUAUUUUGAUUUUGCAGCAUGUAUGAUGCAAUGUUCUGACAAGUGUUUCCUAGUACUUUUACCCUCCUGCUGUGAAGAGUUCCAGUCUGUGUAUACAGAAUGCGAAAGCCUGUGGUACUGUUUGCAGGAUUUAUGAAUAGUUUUUUGGGAACAAGCCUUGGAUAUUCCGCAGGUAUUAUUCACCUUGGAUUACUAGAGAAAUACAAAGAAUUUCCGAAAGAAGUAUCUUGGGCAGGAGCUCUGUUUACCAGUUUUUUCAGUUUAGCUGGUCCAUUAUCCAGCACCGUAAUAAAUGGUUUGUCUUGUCGGUCCACAAUUUUCCUUGGAUCUUUUCUUAGCUUCGCUGGUUUCUUCAUUCCAAGCUUUGUGUCAGAUAUAAGGCUUGUGAUUAUUUGUUACGGAAUUAUUGCAGGAAUUGGACAGUCUAUGAUGUUUUCGGGCACUGUCGUAGUCACAGGAUACUAUUUCAUUGACAAUCCCAGUUUGGCCACAGGUAUAAUAGCGACAGGAGCAGGUAUUGGGGUGACGGUGUAUCCUCUUUUCACAGAAUUCCUUAUCCAGACAUAUGGAAUCAAUGGUACCUUUCUUCUCUUGUCGGCUGUGAACCUACAGACUUGUGUAUUUACUAUGUGUAUCAAAACUACGGAACUUGAAAAGAAAAGAAAAGGAGAAAGAUCCGAGACUAUUUCUGAACAAUUAAAAUGGAUUUUACAGGAAUUCAAAAGAAUUAUUUCCAACAGUGCAUUUUGUUGCUUUUGUGUGAGUAUUUUAUGCUGGAGCAUAAGCAUCAAUACCUCUGUUUUAUAUUUACCUGAAUACUAUGUCAGCACAGGUUCAACUCAAGCACAAGCUGCCACUUUUAUGUCUAUAUAUGGUAUCACCGGUUGUUUAUCUCGAAUUCUAACUGGAUUAGCAGCAACAGACUUUAAUGUUGACGGGAAAAUCUUGUACAUGGGGUGUUUUUUAAUACUAGGACUGUCUACAAUAUUUCUACCACUGAUCGGAACUUCGUUCCCCGGUAAAGUAUUCUAUUCUGUCAUGCUUGGUUUAUAUUCCAGUGGUGUGUGGUCCCUUUUAUCACCUAUAACCAUUGAAAUAAUUGGUAUCAAACAGAUGUCAACAGCUUUUGGAAUGGAAAUGCUCACGUGUGGUAUAGGAUUUCUAAUUGGUCCAGUUAUCGGAGAUGGAGUUAAGAGAGGAAAAGGGGGCUAUUCAAUUCUUUUUAUUAUUUCAGGGAUCCUAUAUAUUAUGGCAGCAGUAUUUGAAAUGUUAAUGAUACCUAGGAUGAAUAGGCCUGCAUUCUACCACGCAAGACAGGAUGAAACAAAAUUUAUUGAAAUGGAGGAAAAAAUAAAAAGGAAUAAAUUAAUUGAGAACCCCAGUAAAAAAGAAUCACUCUGGGGAAGUUUUGAUGAUAUUGAACCACAAGAACAGCUUCAUUUAAACGAUGGUAUUAAUUGUUGAUAUGUCUUUCGUUUGUUUCUAAAUAAAGGAUGUUUUUGACCAAGGGACAUGUAUAAAGUUUCUUCAUGAAAAAUAAUAUAGACUAAAAUGGUAAAUGUAUAUUUUUCACUUCUUUAAUUUG